UCUUUCUUUGUGGGUUUGACCUAAAAACAGGAAAAGAACAUCUCAAAUGGAGUUUACAUAGAUCGAUUGGAUAUUUGGUUUUCAGCUACGCUCUCCCCGAGUUUCUCCGAUACGCCGCACAGAGAGGAUCUCUCUUCCUCUAUCUUAUCUCGUCCUUGGUUGGGGUUCCGUUUGGGGGGAGGGGAGGGUUUGCCGAGGAAAGGGCAAGCGAUGAAAUCCUUGAAGAAACUGCGAGGAUUCACACUGAACAAGACUGAUGCCAAGGGCAAAAGAGAUCACCAGCCUUCCGCACAGUUGGAUGAGCUCGCCCAGGCAUCUCAGGACAUGCAAGACAUGCGAAACUGUUAUGAUAGCUUACUUUCUGCAGCUGCUGCAACAGCAAAUAGUGCAUAUGAAUUCUCAGAGUCACUGCGGGAAAUGGGUGCUUGUUUGCUUGAGAGAACUGCUUUGAAUGAUGAUGAAGACAGUGGUAGAGUUCUGUUAAUGCUGGGAAAAGUGCAGUUUGAACUUCAGAAACUUGUUGAUAAUUAUCGCUCUCAUAUCUUUCAGACAAUUACAAAUCCAUCAGAGUCUCUUCUCAAUGAACUUCGAACAGUAGAGGAUAUGAAGCGUCAGUGUGAUGAGAAAAGAAAUCUAUAUGAAUAUAUGAUGAUGGCACAUCGAGAGAAGGGGAGGUCAAAAGGCACAAAAGGGGAAAGUUUUUCUCCACAGCAGCUGAAAGCAGCUCAUGAUGAGUAUGAUGAGGAGGCAACUUUAUUUGUAUUUCGUCUUAAAUCAUUGAAGCAAGGACAGUCCCGAAGUCUGUUGACACAGGCAGCUCGACAUCAUGCUGCUCAGUUGAGCUUCUUUAGGAAGGCUGUUAAAUCUCUUGAGGCGGUUGAGGAACAUGUAAAACUGAUAGCCGAACAGCAACAUAUUGAUUACCAAUUCAGUGGACUUGAGGAUGAUGAUGGGGAGGAUGCUGAUGAUGAUGAUGGUUAUGAUGGUAAUGAUGAUGGAGAGUUGAGUUUUGAUUAUGGCCAAAAUGAUCGCAAUCAAGAUAUUGUUGCAACAUCAAGGGAUUCAAUGGAGCUGGAUCAGGUGAACCUUUCAUUUUCACAAUUGCCAACAGUGGAAAUUGCACAGGAAAAUCCAGAUAAAAGCCAAGGAGAUCUCCAUGCUGUUAGGGAACCCAAGGCAGGGAGCCAGUCUGCCCCAAUCUUAGCGGAGAAGAAAUUUGAUCCAGUUGAAAGGUCGCAACCAUCAACACGAAAGUUUCACACUUAUGUACUACCCACUCCAGCAAUGCUUUCUGGAACAAGCAACCCAGUAAGCCAAACAAUGCCAACAAGCCAGGGUGGACGCAUCCACAAUCUUUGGCAUUCAUCCCCGUUGGAGCCCAGGAAGAAUGAAAAUGAUUCCAAAGAUGAGAAGUUGUCAGGAUCCAGCAUUUCAAAAGUGCAGUCGGUGCUUAAAGAAAGUAACUCUAAUAAUAACUCCAUCAAGUUGCCCCCUCCACUGCGGGAGGGGCUUUCAGUACCACAGUCUGAUUCCCAUGCUGUUUCUGAUACUAAAAAGGUGAAGAGACAAGCUUUCUCUGGUCCACUAACGAGUAAACCAUGGUCAACCCGGCCUUCAAUACCCCAACCAUCCUCACCUCCAAAGGUAUCCCCAAGUGCUUCACCUCCUCUCACAUCUUCGCCCAAGAUAAGUGAGCUGCAUGAGCUCCCUAGACCCCCAGUAAGCUCACCCAACAAGCUCACAAGACCCUCAGGUUUUGUUGGUUAUUCAGGUCCCUUGCUAGCGAGAAGUCAAGACCAUUCUAUAUCAAACAAAAAGCCCAUGAUGGCCUCAAAUGCAGCAUCUCCACUUCCAACACCUCCUUCGGUCAUCCCUAGGAGUUUCUCUAUACCAUCUAGCAGCCAGAGAGCAAUUGCAUUGCACAUGGCCAAGCUGUUGGAAACUCCUCAAAACACAGAUAACACUGAAGUUGCUUCACCUCCUCUGACACCUAUUUCCUUGACAAACAUCCAGCCAGCAUCAACCACUUCAGAGGUUACCCAAGGUGGUCAAAUCAGAGGUGGCGAUUGAGUUGACGCACGUGCAUGCGUUUGGGAAUUGUGCAAUUCCCCUUGAUUUUGGCCUUGGCCAGUCAAGUGUGAUGACCCCAUGUUUCGGAUCUCUCUUUUUUUUUUCCUUUUUUCGGGGAGGGGGCCUGUAAAUAUGAUAUAUGAUAGUGCAUUAAUUUGUUUCUUGUUUUAAUCUUCAUCUUUUGUUGCCAAUUUUAUGAUGAGAACUCGGCAUCAGUGCAUUGAAUAAUCGUCUUUUGUUGCCUAUUCCAUCAGAUGAGCAAUUUUGGUCUCAUACUUGCAUAUCAA